UCAGGGACAAAAAGGUUUACUUGCUGCCUAAUAUAUAUACUACACACUUCCAGCCGCAAAUGUAAUAAAAUUGUAGCUAAUGUGAGAAGGGCAAAUUGUAAUGGCUAGACAACCGGGUCAGAGCAACUCCAAAACUACAGCACCACUCUUAGGAUGUCCCUGGUCUACAGUGGUCAAGACAUACCAAAAGUGAUCCAAGGGAGGAAAACCGGUGAUCAUGGGUGGCCAAGGCUCACUGACGCACAUGGGAAGGAAAGGCUGGCCCAUGUAGUCUGAUCCAAUAGAAGAGCUACUGCCAAAUAGAGAGGUGUCAGAACACACGUCAUUAACGUUAUAGUGGCACUCAAUAUAAGGCAGGUGGUCAUAAUGUUAUGCCUGAACAGUGUAUGUUUUUGCUUUUUUUUUCUCCAGCUAACCCAAGGUUUAAUGAUUAUCUGCUUGGUAAGAUCAAGAGCAAGCAAAGCAGACCAUUAGGACUAGCACUGAGAUGUGUUUAUCUUGAUGCAUGUCUCUUUUUGAACUUGUAAAUCACCUUCUUUCCUGUAAGUUGUUCACCUUAUACUUUAUCUUCUAAAGAAUGUGCUUCUUAUGCCCAAAUCUUACCUUUGCAUCAGUGGAUACCAAAGAUUGAUGCAGGCAGCUGUUCUCUGAUGACUCGUGACUGCAGUCACUCAAUACUUCAGGCCUGGAGUUCUUGCAAACAGCUUUGUACCUAAGCCUCCAAUAAUGAAAGUGGACUCCAUGUUAACAUUUUAACUUUUCUUUUAUACUAAACUUCCAACUUGCUAACACUUAGUAUGACUGCUGAUCAAUCCCUGCUGUCCAAUUUCACCCAAAUGAGGUUGGGUUCCCUGUUGAGUCUGGUUCCUCUCAAAGUUUCUUCCUAUUUCCAUCUAAGGGAGUUUUUCUUUGCCAUCAUCGUGCUUAGCUUGUUCAUCAAUUUUCUUUUUAAAUCUGUAAAACCUCUUUGUGAUAAUGGUCAUUGUUUAAAGCGCUGUAUGAAUAAAAUUGAAUUGAAUUUGCUCUUUCUAAGAGUUGCUACUAAAAUUAAAGGUCAUGACAAAUUUGACAAACUGACGAAAACAUCGGGCAUGGGGCAGUGGUUGAGGUAUUGGAUUAAUGAUUAGAAGGCUCAGGUUCAAACCGUUGUAUCUUGUAUUCUUGUAAGAAUCCAAAUGUUCGUCACCGCUGCCUCGCUCAUUAGGGAACUAAAUCUAAUCUACAUCCCGAUUUCUGAUUUCGGGGAAAAAAAUUAUAUAUAAAUAAAAAUGUGUACAACCUCAUCCCAUGUUUAUUUCACUGCCAGGAGCCAGGCUCUGUCCGGGAUGGUGUUGGAGUUGGACGAGGAUGGGAGAGAGCCAGGGAUGCACACCUUCAAUCACAUGCAUAUGAGAAAAGCAUUUCGGAUCAUGAAUGACCUGAGGAGCAGGAAGAUGCUUUGUGAUGUGCUGCUGGUAGCUGGUAAAGAGGAAAUACCUGCCCAUAAAGUGGUCCUGGCCUCCUGCAGUCCCUAUUUCUGCGCUAUGUUUACAGGAGAUAUGAGUGAAAGUAAGGCCACAUGUAUUGAGAUAAGGGACAUGGAUGGACAGACUCUCAGGAAAUUGGUGGAUUAUAUUUACACAGCAGAGAUCGAAGUAACAGUGGACAAUGUGCAGGUGCUGCUGCCGGCAGCCAGCUUACUGCAGCUAAUGGAGGUGAGGCAGGUGUGCUGUGAGUUCCUGCAGGCCCAGCUCCAUCCCACUAACUGCUUGGGUAUCCGUGCCUUUGCUGACCUGCACACCUGCACUGACUUGCUCAGCCAGUCCCAUGCCUACGCUGAGCAGCAUUUUACAGAGGUCAUGCUAGGAGAAGAGUUCUUGGGUCUUUCCCUGCAGCAGGUGUGCAGUCUCAUCUCCAGUGAUAAGCUGACUGUUUCCACGGAAGAGAAGGUGUUUGAAGCCAUGAUUACGUGGAUAAAGCAUGAUAAGGAAGCACGCUUAGAGCACAUGCCAAAGCUCAUGGAGCAUGUUCGCCUGCCACUGUUAUCUAGAGAUUACUUGGUUCAGAUUGUAGAAGAGGAGGCUUUGAUAAAAAACAACAACACAUGUAAGGAUUUCCUUAUUGAAGCAAUGAAGUACCACCUGUUGCCUGCAGACCAGCGGCACCUGAUAAAGACAGACAGAACUCGGCCACGCACUCCUGUCAGUCUACCUAAGGUGAUGAUUGUGGUGGGAGGUCAGGCGCCUAAAGCCAUACGCAGCGUCGAGUGCUAUGAUUUUCAGGAGGAUCGCUGGUACCAAGUGGCUGAUCUGCCUUCGAGACGCUGCCGAGCAGGUAUGUAUCAUCUUAGUGCCUCGUUCUUAAUGUUCACUGCUCACACUUCUAACCCUCUGUGUGUGUGUAUAAAAUGUCUGUGUGUGAUUUGUACAGGGGUGGUGUUUAUGGCUGGUAAGGUUUAUGCAGUCGGGGGCUUCAAUGGUUCACUCCGUGUGAGGACAGUGGACAUGUAUGAUGGUGUGAGGGAUCACUGGAGUGCUGUUCCCAGCAUGCAGGAACGCCGGAGUACACUGGGAGCCGCCGUGCUGGGGGACCUGCUGUACGCUGUUGGGGGAUUUGAUGGCAGUACAGGUUUAGCCUCGGUGGAAGCGUACAACCCUAAGACUAAUGAUUGGGUUUUUGUGGCUCCUAUGAACACCAGGAGAAGCAGCGUGGGGGUGGGAGUGGUGGACGGUAAACUCUAUGCAGUUGGGGGUUACGAUGGUGCAUCUCGUCAGUGUCUCAGCACUGUAGAGGAGUAUGAUCCGGUCGCUAACAAAUGGGACUACGUAGCCGACAUGAGCACCAGACGCAGUGGAGCAGGUGUAGGAGUGCUGAAUGGGCAGCUGUAUGCGGCAGGGGGACACGAUGGUCCACUUGUGAGAAAGAGUGUAGAGGUUUUUGACCCUGCUACUAACACCUGGAGGCAGGUGUGUGACAUGAACAUGUGCAGAAGGAAUGCAGGAGUGUGUGCCAUAAACGGGCUGUUGUACGUUAUCGGUGGGGACGACGGCUCAUGUAACCUUUCCUCAGUAGAGUUCUACAACCCUGCGACUGACAAGUGGAGUCUGAUUCCCACCAACAUGAGCAACGGACGCAGCUACGCAGGCGUGUCAGUUAUCGACAAGCUGUUAUGACUAAACGCUGUGGUGAGCAGGAGCUUGCGGACUGAAACGAAGGGCCGAGGUAGACAUACCAUCAUUUAAAGCUGUUCUGUGGGAGGAGUGUCUCUCUGCCCUGGUCACGCUAAUGCUGCGCUCACCAUGAUGGUGCGGAAAUCGUGCCGGAUCGACCACUAAAAUGCCCUAAAAAUGUGCCAUCUGCUUCUGCUGAUUAUUGCAGACCUCAAGUCAUCAGUAAAAACGGGGUAAAAAAAGGCAGGGUUUAAAGGGCUGGAAGAAUGAAGUGAAGCGGUCACUCAACCUGGCACGCAGAUCUAAACAGCAGUAUUUAAACUACAGGUACAGAAUGUACCGUCUUUCUGCUCUACUACUGAUUAAUAACUAUUGUCCUUGGUGUAGUCUGUAUCCUCCUCCAUCAUCACAGCCUUCAGCAUCACUUAACAUCACUACUGCGAACUGAACCAGCUCGCACCAUUGAAUAUCAUCAGGUAAACCUGUAGCAGGACAAGAUGGUAUUCUGGUUAUUUUCCUCAAACUCAUUUUGAAAAAAUAUUCUUUACUCUUGGAAGGAAUAGAUGUACUGUAGAAGCAACUCUUUACAGCAAUUAAUUAAUGGGAGCAUGGUCGUAGCCAGCUGCUUGUGUGCCAUAACGUGUUUUAAAAAUUUUGUUUUAAAAAUCUGUGCUGGGACACAGAGAAACAGGUCGUUAACACUACUGUGCCAAAUGAAUGUCAAUGCUAUUAUCAGGCAGACCUGUUCACUAAUGCACUCGAGAAGCCAGUUUAUUAGGUGCACCAAACGUUUACGUGAACCGAGAUAAAUGUCACAUGACCAAGUAUUAACUACAACGUAAGAAGACAUUCAGAAGAAUGUACUAGAUUAGGUAUAUCAUGCAUUAACUAUCUUUAAGUGAAGUCACUGUUGAAAAGGUCAGGAAUAGAAACAGUGGUGUCGAAAUAUACCGAAUCUGGUAAAUGCUGAGAUGACAGAGGUGUCAGAAUGUGCAGGUGUAUUUUUUUUUUUUUAUCAUUUUUGUUUUUUCUUUUUGUUGCUAUGCUGAUAGAGGAAAUGGAGCAAUAUGCUUUUCUGCAUUUUAAAGUUAAAGCAAUAAGCAAUCCAAAGUUGAUAAAAUGAUUCUGUUGAACAAUUCACUACAAAGGAAAGGACAAGGUGGAGAAGGCAGGUGUCAUUUUUUUUUGGGGGGGGGGGAUAAAAUAAAGAAGUCGCAGAUUAGCAUUCUUUGGUGCAAUACACUUUUCACCUCUGUCUUCUCAGCAGCAGUGUCAGCAUUUCUUCAGCAUAUUAGCGACGAUCCUUAGCAGAAUUUCUGUUCUUUUCAGCACAGCCUUUAACAUUAAUAAACUCCGACUUUGUAGUGUGUUUUGUUGCUUUCACAAUAUCAUCAGACGUUACAGGGAUUUUAAAUGACUCCUUGUCACUGCAUCGUAUUUAUAUUAAGCCAGAACUGAACCAACAGGUAAAACAACUGACACUGACGAAGAGGCUAGAAAGUGAUAAACACAUGUGAUACAUGACCCACACCCAUUUUAGAAGCGCACACACUUUCCUGUGUGUCACCACUGUGCUAAGAACACUCCACACUACAAAAUGUUUAGCAAUGAUCCCGUAGUGGUCACUUUUGCUACGCUUAUUAAUCGUGGAGCCUCAAAGUGAUCGAUGCAAGAAUAAUUAAUCAGAUAAAACGCUCAAGGGGGUGUUACUAUAAGACUGGUGCAAAGGGCAACCAGUUGUGAAUUUCAGUCUAGAACUCUGUUUCAGACUGAUUUCUCUUCCUCUUUAAACAUAAUAUUGAACUGUAAGCAGAUUUAACCGUGCCAGCAUGCAUUUCAAUGGCAAUAAAAUAAAAUGUUUGUCUCUGUAAAGAACCGCGACACUAUUGCAAGCACAAUUAACAUUUUUCUAACAGAUGUAUUUUCUAUAGGAAGAGAACAGUCAGGAGUUUAAAUACAAUAAAUGCAGCGGGGAUUAAAGAAACACGUUUCACUAAUAAGCUUUCUCGACAGUGAGAGAAUGUUACAUUCAAUUUACAGGACAUUUAUUCAGGUUUAGAGCCGCUCUUCAAGUGUGAUUACAAAAGCAAUGGUUUAUUAUUUUUAUCAUGAAAGAAAUCUCCAAAUCGACUGAUUCAUUAUCAGUAUUGUUUACCAUAAACAGUAUUAAAAUGCAAGUCCUGUGCGACUAUGCAGUUAAAGCACACUUACUCUCACAUUUGUUGUCUAUACCAUUUAUCUGUGCCAGAGACACGGGAGGCCUGGAGCCUAUCCAGGGGGACUCUGGGCACUAGGAGGUGUAUACCAUCGCAGGGCACAAGCACACACACACACACACUCACACUCACUAUGGGCAAUUUGGAAAUGGCAUGUGCAUGUCUUUGGACUGUGGGCGGAAACCCACCAAACAUGGGGAGAACUUGUACAACAACUCCACACACACAAAACCAAAGGCAGGACACUGAACCUCAACCCUGGAGGUACGAGGCCACAAUGCUAACCACUACGCCACCGUGCCACUAGUUAAAGCUGCUUUUUCAGCCUGUAAUAAAGAUACAGUUUCAAUGUUGGCUAAGAAAAACUGAAUUGCGGUAUUGCAGUGCAGUAGAUCUCUGAACUUUUUCUAUUUCAGGCUUGUGCCGGAAAAUUGCUCAGUCAAAGAAAGGGUAAACCCAUCACUCACAGUUGCUGUUCUUACAGGCAGCAAAGAGUGCAAUAAGUCACAAAAUACUCCUUUAACAUGGGUUGAAUUAUUGGAACAGGUUGCGCUUGUGUCAGGACUGAUGGUGACACCCAGAUCUUGUUAAUGCAGUUAGUAUCAGUAUCUGUAUUAGCUGCAAAUGUGUAAAUGAUGUUAGUGUGUAAUCUGAACACUGGACUUUCAUAUCUUUCUUAAAGACUGCAUCAUUAAAUGAACAUAGUCUUUUCCAAUGAAAUGUAUGUGCAUCAAAUAAUAGGUGUCAUAACAGUUCUGACCACUGGAGGGCAGCAAUCGUUUAAUCAGCAACAUGGGAGUCAUCAGCAAAAUAAAAGACAGAAGCAAUAUUACCAGGUCUUCAGGAUUGUUUUUUUCUCUCCAUGUUUUAAACUGCUGCAUUUUUCUUUUCUUUUCUUCCUUUGGUUGUUUUGAGUCGGAUGUAUUUAAUUUUUACAUUAGAUUUUUAAUUCCACAGUGCUGUUGAUUUUCUCAAUGAUAACGCAACAGGCAGUGUUAAGUUUCUGUAACAGCAAAGCUAACCACAGGUUUAUAUUAAUGCACAUAUUUUAAUCAAUUAUUGUUUCGAUUGUAGCAAUAACAACUGGUGGACACUUCACUAAAAAGAAUUUUUAAAAAGGAUGUGUUGAUAUAGUGAAAUAUAUGAUGUGUAAAAGUUAUUGUAACCGUUAACUCUAAAAUUCUUUGUUCCUAUUGAUUAGGGAAAAUGGGAGGCUGUUCAUAGCUGCUAAAAUAUACAAGUAAUAACAGGAUUGAACCUGAUUAUUCCAUGUCCUUAAAUGUGACUAUAAACUGAUAAAAAAAAAAAGUGUUCCUUAUUUUUUUUUAUUAUUCAUAAAUCUUUAGCAAAAACAGCAUGCUUUACUAUGUUUUAUUUCUUAUGUAAUAUUAUAUAUUAAUAUUUCACAUUCUGGUCACCCUAAAAUCUGCCCAGCUACACAUCGCCAUGGAAACAACCCCCAUAUUGUAAAAAAAAAAAAAGAUUUUCUCAUGUGGACUUUUUCUUUUGUGAGCCUUUUAGAUAACUACACAUGAUUGCAAUCACAACAAUUUUGUUUACAGUAAAUGCAAUAAUAAUAAUAAUAUUAUAAUAGAUGGUUAAUGGACAUUCCUUGGAAAAUGAACUGUUAUUCAUGCUGCUUGCUUAAAAAUAAAUUGUAUUAUGUUACUUUCUAAUCUUGUACAGAAUUUAAGAGGGGUGUGUAUUGUAUUUUGUUUUAUGCUGUUUUUUAUUUUUUUGAUGUCAGUUUUGUCAAGAAAAAAAGACAUGUCGUAAUAAAUUUUAUUCAUUAUAAGCAUGUGAAGUAAGGACAUUGUAAAAAAAAAAAAAAAGGCCAUGGAGAAAGUCUCCAGGGUUUUCUGGUGAAAAAAAGAAAUAGAAAAACCCUGAUGAAUGUGCCUGUUAGACAUUCCCCGGCUGUUCAGUCUGUGCUACAAGGAUGAUGCUCUCCUUCUUAUAUGUAGUAAAAUGCAUUUAAUUCUAAUUUUAGAAAAUAUGUACCUAGUAAAAUUACAAGAGUUGUUUUUUUUUUUUUUUUUUUGCCAAAUGAAUAGCAAGAGCUAAUUUACUUACACUAUGGUUUCAAAAUGUAGGUGAAGAGUCAGUGGGUAGCAGCAGAACUCUAUAACCCCACACACCUUCAACAAAAGCAAAGAGAAAAAGCCUCUCGCUUGCAGUGUUGCUUCCU